GGGGUGCCGACGACGAUGUGGAAGAUGCGGACGCUCCUGGGCUUUGUGCACGGCUGCUACUGCUGCUGCUGCUUCUUGCUCCUGUUGCCGCCGCCGCUUUGGGUCAGCCUGGCGGCGGCGAAGCAAAUGCUGCGCUACCGGCUGGCCGAGGAAGGACCGGCCGACAUCCGCAUCGGCAACGUGGCUUCGGACCUGGGCAAAGUGACGGGCUCCGGCGAGGUGACGUUCAGCCUGGAGUCCGGCUCCGACUACCUGAAGAUCGACAACAUGACGGGCGAGCUGAGCACCACCGAGCGGCGCAUCGACCGCGAGAAGCUGCCGCAGUGCCAGAUGAUCUUCGACGAGAACGAGUGCUUCUUGGACUUCGAGGUGUCGAUGAUCGGACCCUCGCAGAGCUGGGUGGACCUCUUUGAGGGCCGGGUCAUCAUCCUAGACAUCAACGACAACACCCCCACCUUCCCCUCCCCCGUCCUCACCCUCACCGUGGAGGAGAAUCGCCCCGUGGGAACCCUCUACCUGCUCCCCACAGCCACCGACCGGGACUUCGGACGCAACGGCAUCGAGCGCUACGAGCUGCUCCAGGAGCCCGGCAGCGAGGGCGGCAGGCGGGGCGGGGGAGGAAGCUCGUCUUCCGCCGCCUCCGACAGCGCCCUCUACCCCGGAGGCAGCAAGAGGAGGCAGGAGGCCGACAGCGCGGCCCGGAGCAGCGUCUUCGAGCUGCAAGUGGCCGAUACCCCCGAUGGGCAGAAACAGCCUCAGCUGAUCGUCAAAGGGGCGCUGGAUCGCGAGCAGCGCGACUCCUAUGAGCUGAGCCUACGGGUCCGGGACGGGGGAGACCCGCCGCGCUCCUCGCAGGCCAUCCUCCGCGUCCUGAUCACCGACGUGAACGACAACAGCCCCCGCUUCGAGAAAAGCGUCUAUGAGGCGGACCUGGCCGAGAACAGCAGCCCCGGCACCCUAAUCCUGCAACUGAGGGCGGCCGACUCGGACGUCGGCGUGAAUGGGCAGAUCGAGUAUGUCUUUGGGGCUGCCACGGAGUCGGUGAGGCGCUUGCUACGCCUCGACGAAUCCUCGGGCUGGCUCAGCGUCCUGCACCGCAUCGAUCGCGAGGAGGUGAACCAGCUCCGCUUCACCGUCAUGGCCCGGGAUCGCGGGCAGCCGCCCAAGACGGACAAGGCCACGGUGGUCCUCAACAUCCGCGACGAGAACGACAACGUGCCCACGAUCGACAUCCGCAAGAUCGGGCGCAUCCCGUUGCGCGACGGCGUGGCCACUGUGGCUGAGGACGUGCUGGUGGACACUCCGAUCGCCCUGGUGCAGGUCUCCGACCGGGACCAGGGGGAAAACGGGGUCGUGACUUGCACGGUGGUGGGGGACGUGCCCUUUCAACUCAAGCCGGCCAGCGAGGGCGAAGGCGAGCCCCAGAACAAGCGCAAGUACUUCCUCCACACCUCCGCGCCUCUCGACUACGAGGCCGUGCGCGACUACAACGUGGUGAUCGUGGCCGUCGACUCGGGCAGCCCCAGCCUGUCCAGCAACAACUCCCUCCUGGUGCGGGUGGCGGACACGAACGACAACCCGCCGGUCUUUGGCCAGGCUGUGCUCGAGGUCUCCUUCCCGGAGAACAACGCGCCGGGCGAGCGGGUGGCCACGGUGCUGGCCACGGACGCGGACAGCGGCAAGAACGCCGAGAUCGCCUAUUCCCUGGAGCCCUCGCCGCUCUCGGCCGACUCCCCUAGCGGACUCUUCACCAUCGACCCGGACUCGGGAGACGUGCGGGUCCAGGCGGUGCUGGACCGCGAGCAGCGGGACACCUACGAGUUCCAGGUGACGGCCCGGGACAAAGGGGUGCCCUCCCUGCAGGGCUCCACCACGGUGGUGGUGCGGGUGGCCGACCGCAACGACAACGAGCCGCGCUUCAUGCAGGACGUCUUCACCUUCUACGUCAAGGAGAACCUGCAGCCCAACAGCCCCGUGGGCAUGGUGACCGUGAUGGACGCCGACAAGGGGCGCAACGCCCAGCUCAGCCUCGCCAUCCAGCCCAGCGAGUCGGCCGGGCCCGGCGGCGGCGCCUCGCCCAGCAUCUUCUCCAUCGAGAACGACACCGGCACCAUCUACUCCACCGUCUCCUUCGACCGGGAGCUGCAGACCAGCUACACGUUCCGGGUGAAGGCGGUGGACGGCGGCGAGCCGGCGCGCUCGGCCACGGCCACCGUCUCGCUCUUCGUCAUGGACGAGAACGACAACGCGCCGGUGGUGACGGCGCCGGGCAACAGCUCGUACACGGUCCUGCCGCCGUCCAGCGGGCUCCGCUCGGUGGUCACCACCGUGCAGGCCCGCGACGCCGACGCCGGGCAGAACGCGGAGCUGAGCUUCAGCCUGGUGGGCGGCAACCCCUUCAAGCUCUUCGAGAUCGACCCGUCGAGCGGGGUGGUGUCGCUGGUGGGCAAGCUGGCACCCAAGCACUACGGCCUCCACCGCCUGGUGGUGCAGGUCAACGACAGCGGGCAGCCGCCGCAGGCCACCACCGCCCUGCUCCACGUCUUCGUCAACGAGAGCCUGGCCAACGCCACCCUGGUGGAGAGCCAGGUGGCGCGCAGCCUGCACACCCCGCUGGCCCAGGACAUCGCCGGCGACCCCAGCUACGAGCUCAGCAAGCAGCGCCUCAGCAUCGUGGUGGGCGUGGUGGCCGGCAUCAUGACCGUCGUCCUCCUCAUCCUGGUGGUGGUCCUGGCCCGCUACUGCCGCUCCAAGGGCAAGCACGGCGGCUACGAGGCCGGCAAGAAGGACCACGAGGACUUCUUCACGCCCCAGCAGCACGAGAAGGCCAAGAAGCCCAAGAAGGACAAGAAGGGCAAGAAGGCCGGCAAGCAGCCCCUCUACAGCAGCAUCGUCACCGUCGAGGCGUCCAAGCCCAACGGGCAGCGCUACGACGGCGUCAACGAGAAGCUCUCCGCCGACAGCCCCAGCAUGAGCCGCUACCGCUCCGUCAACGGAGGGCCGGGCAGCCCGGACCUGGCCAGGCAUUACAAAUCGAGCUCGCCCUUGCCCACCGUCCAGCUUCACCCGCAGUCCCCCACCGCCGGGAAAAAACACCAGGCCGUGCAGGAACUGCCCCCGGCCAACACCUUUGUGGGCGCGGGGGACAACAUCUCCAUCGGGUCGGACCACUGCUCCGAGUACAGCUGUCAAGCCAGCAGCAAGUACAGCAAGCAGGUGGAUACAAUGCAGACUACGCAGCCCCCUGGCCACAUUGAGGAAUCGUGUAAAAUGAAUCCAUUCCGUAGAGUGACGUUUUCAGUUGUGAGUCAGCCUCAGGACCCACAUCAGGGGUCAUUGCAGAGUUGCUAUGACAGCGGUCUGGAGGAGUCAGAAACACCAAGCAUGGCAAGUCCAUGGGAGUCCCAGAAGCAAGACAUGGCAGCACUAACCCUCUCUUGCUAUUUUAUCUUGGCAACAGGCAUUGACAGCAACGCUAUCUUCAAUACUAGAGAUUCAAGACCUUUACCAGAUGUAGCCCUGACUGGGAAGUGCACUCGGGAAUGUGAUGAAUACGGCCAUUCGGACUCCUGCUGGAUGCCUGUGCGCACUUCGCCUGAAAGGAAGCAGAAGAGCCAGCCAAAACUCUCCACUUUCAUGCCUGUUGAUGAACGGGGCAGUCAAGAGAAGCUGGCCAAUGGAGAAGCCUCCGUGAUGGGUGACCGCAACAGAAACCUCCUUAACAAAAAGUUGACCUCAUCCUAUGAGACCUUCAGUGCAGCCAGUUUCAGCAAAAGUGAGGAAGCCCGCCCAGAGGAUAUUCCCCUCACACAGAAAGGGGAAUACAAGCCAUCUCCCGUCAAUACUUUAACUAGAAGAGAAGUUUACCUUUAGGCUACGAAGAAAUAAUAAUACAGUUCUCUCACAAAUUAGAAGGGGAUAAAAGGCAAAAACCUAUCAAUCAAAAUGAUUUCAACUCAAAAAGAAAAGAAAGUCUAUCAAGAAAGGGGGCUACCAAAGAGACAAAAGCUUGGCCUGCCACUUCUGCCUCCAUGCCAGGCAUUUACAUACCCUGUCUGCCUGACUAUACUGUACAAUGUAGAAACCAUUGUUGUUCCUGCAUGCCUAAUUCCCUGCUCACCAAUCUUAAUUUCCCUAAAUUUCAGUUGUAAAUUCCUUUCAAGGUAACAAGUCUGAAAUUGAAAAGAAACUCAGAAACUGUUGUUACCUUCCACACACUGCUGAAGCAUAGUUUAAGCCACUCUGGUUCUCAUUUGGUGGUCAUUUGACUUGUUUGCAGUGACAAGUCAGAGGGAAAAUAAAAUUCUUAUAUAUGUAUGUAGGCAUAUAUAUAUAUCUAUAUCUGUAUCUCCGUACUCCCAGGAUCCCAUCCGAUUAUUGCUGGUUUCCAUUCAGAGAUAAACCUUCAGAAACCAUACUAAAAUAAAUAUAUAAAUGAACACUUUUUAAAAAAGAGCACUUUCUGAAGAUCACAGCUUUAAUACUGUCCCGUGGCUGGAAAGAACAGAAAAUAUAUUCACUCUGAGAUUAUAGGCUAAAAUAUGACAAAUCCCCUAUAAUCAUGAACCGUUGAUUCUAUUUUAUCCAUAGGAUAACAACUAACUCUGCCUCUGCCUUUGUCCUUCUGCUAUUCCUUCCUCCCCCUCUCCGUCUCUCUCUCUCUCUCUCUCUCUCUCUUUCCCUCCCUCUCAGUCUCUUUCUCUGCUAAUCACUCUCUUUUGCCUCUCCUUUCUUUCACCAACAUUUUUAAUUUCAACAUAAACAACAUGAUGAUGGCAUGUAUCGUGACAUACUAAGAAUAAACUGUUAAACUAGUGUCGUUUUCUGUGAGACCAAGUUUUAAUCUGGAUGACCAUAGUAACUAAAAGGCCAAAGAACAUACUACUGUGGAUCAGGGGAAUUGCUCAUUGGUCUUGGCUUAGAAACAGAUACGCACAGAUACAUAAGCAUAUCUGCCACAUGCAUUUGCAUAGCAGUCUAUGCUGCAAGCCCAGAUGACGUAAUUGUUUCCCAAAUGGAUUUUAGUUGAACGCCCGAAGGAAUGGAUGAUAUGGGCUUGCUUGUAACAGCAUGACAUGUUAUAAGCUGUGGGAACGUGAUCCUCGAGUUCCAGAGUAUCUUUUCCUUAGGAGAUUUCAGAUCCAUCCAGAAGGCUGUGUUGAUGAGCUCCAAGAAAUAUUGAGGGGAAAUCUGAAAGAAGAAUGAAGUAAAGGCAGUGGAAAGAACAUGCUUCAAGUCAAGUAUGACACCAUCUUUGUUAAGAGUGGAUGCUAACCCUUGGGUUAUCAGUGUUCCAGGUUAAUCAUUUGCUCUUGGCAAAGGUAUUAUGCAGGUUUUCUUAAAACGUAAGUGCAUUUAAGCUGAGUCCUGUGCAAUACAAAGCCAAUGUUGAGACUCAAGGUGACUGGUUGUCUUGACUGAUGUCGCCACCAACAUGCUCUGUGCAAAAUAGUUUUGUCUGUGACAAGUUACAAAGAAUCCAGACCUGAUCAUGAUGGUGCAGAGUUCUGAGCCUGUGACAGUUCUCAUAGUUUGCACUAUAUAAAGAGGAUAGAUACCUGUAAAUGGACCAGAUAUAUUUUGUGCAAUAAGAAGUUACAGAGCAUGUAGAAUCUGAGGUAGUUCUGUGUUGAUAAUGACAUAGUAAUAAAGAAUGGCUGAACUUGGACAUUCACAUGAAACUGACAAUCGGUCAAUUCAGUGGGGACAGCUUGAGAAGGGGUGCCAAGAGAAACCAGCCCCUCUAGUUGUUUAACUUGGCAUUAAAGCAUGACUAGAUGGUUCUAGUAGACUGUAGUGAUAAGAUAGCUUGGGUAGUUUCUUGCUUUAAAAAUGACAUAGAUUAUAUUAUUAAACAGACUGAAAAAUAGGCUGACUGAUCGGUACAAACUCAUCACAGCUUUUGUCUUUUGAAUUCUCAGUAGCAAAGUGCCCUUUUGUGCAUCUUCCUUGCAGUUCUGUUUUACUUUGCAGUUAGUUUCAGUGUAAUAGUAAGAAAUUGGGCAUCUAUGAAUUAGGAAGAGACAAAAAAGUUAAAGAAAAUGUCAAGAGUGAUUGAUCAUUCUAAUGUAUCAUUCUUUUCAAUUUCAGAGAUGCAAAUUUUGGUGUUAAUAGAGAACUGACUAAAUCAGUUACUGUGUUUGUACAACUAAGUGUCUGUUAAAGAUGCAAUGCUUCUCAAAGAGUUUACAUUAAAUAUGGCACAUUUCUUGAAAGUUUCAACAGAAAAUAUAACUGCAUUGCUGCAGUGUCAGAAAAGCUAUUUUUUUUAAAAUCCUAAUGUAUUAAAUAUACACCCGAGAGCCACUAAGUGAGAGAGAUCUAAACAAAAUAUUUCUCUUUCUAACCUCUUUUCUAGAAAGCCAAUACAGGUCAGAAAAGACCUUCAGGAUUAACAGGAUUAGCAAAUAUUCCCCAUUUUGUGUGUUACAUAACAGCAAAUCAUGUGACAGAGAAAUUUACUUAAUUUAUUCAUAGAUCUAAAAUGGGCACAAAAGGAUAACAAAAAAGAAAAAGAAAAAGAAAGAAAGAAACACCGUGUACAUGUAUGUAUUUGAGGUAAUUCUAGUAAAAUCUAGCCAUCAAAACAUAGUCAGUUGCUUCUUAUGACCCAGCAUGAGACACAAAUAUAUUUUUGUGUGUUUUUUAUUUAAAAUUAGUUAAACCUGGUGACACUCAUUAUAUAGAGUGCUUUUAUAAAAAAAAUGAAAAUGAAAAUGAAAAAUUUUAGCGUGAAUGCAAAAUAUGCAACUGUGCCUUUUAUACCUGUUGUUAUGGUAAAAAUGGUGGUUGGGGUUGGACACUAAAAAUUAAUGGGCUAUUCCCACUUUUUGAACCUGUAUGUUUAACCUUGUUUAUUUUCUGAGAAAUGAAAAAUGAUAUAUUAAAAAAUGCCUUCUACCAAACUCAGAUAAUGGACCAGUCUUAAAUAUCAUUCAUUAUUUAAACAAAUGCAAUGGAGAAAAACUAUGUGGUUUUGAGGUGGGACUUUUGUUAUCAGAGAGAAAGCUACAGCAUAGUUCUUUUAAGGAGAAAUGGAUCCAUUUAGAAGAGAAAUUGAUACUUCACUGUUAUUUUUUAAAAUGCUUUUAGAAGCUAUUUUACUUUCAUUUUACACACCUGACUCCUAUUUUGUUUGUUUACUUUUUAAUUUCAGACGGAAAUCAAAGGAACUGUGCAUGCAUUUUACAUUGGACACAUUUAUAGAUUGAUGCAUCACUUAUGUAACUUUAUAUGAAUUAGAAAAUGUCCGUAUUAACUUCAGUUUAAAGUCUAAUGCUCAUUCCAACCUCCAGAUAUGCUAAUAUUUAGUCAAUAUAAUUUCUGACUGGCCUGCUGCCUGAGUUUUAGAAAACAAGGCAGGUAUUAUUUUUCUGUGGGGAAAGAACUCAACUGAGAGAUUGAAGGUGCUUGACUGAAAGACUACCCUGGGAAGUUGUCACAUAGGAAAACAAAGAUGUAGCAAAACGGAGAGAGAAAGAUUGAGAGAAGGGCAAAAUGAAACUACCGUAAAUACAGCCAUCACUAAAAGACAUUUAUGGCAUUUGAAGAGUGGAAGAAUGGGACAGUUUUGCUUAUGUUCCAUCAGUGAUAAUGAUCCAUUGUUUCCUUAAAUGCUGAAAAGGAGGAGAUGGACAAUGGUAGGGCUGAAACCAGUCCCAACAUUUAAGUUGGGCAGUUGCCUGAAGAGCAUAAUACUUGGAAGAAGGCAUCAUUUUCCAGCUACCUGGGGUACACUUUCAGACAUUUCUUUUCCUGAAUUGUGAAGCACUUACAUUCAGUGUGGUUACGAUCUGUUUGUAAUAUUAAUCAUUGACUAUUGUUCUGCAACUUGGAUGUUGAUAGUGAAGCAGAGAACAACUUAUCAUUGUUUAUUAUGAGUCACUAUGCACGCAACUAUGCUAAAAAUGGCAAAAAUGUAUUCAACGCUAGUCCACCUCUAUUUAUGAAAGAUUUUGCAUAAUUUAAUUUGCUUUUGUACAGUUUUAUGUAAAUAAAUUGCUUGUCAUUUUUGUCUCUGCAAAUUAAACUAUAACAUGU